GGACGGCGAUGGGGCGAGCCGUCGUUGACACAAGCGGGAGGAUCAGGCCCCCGGACGUCGGCGCCAUGGAAGGGACACAGGUGGGAGCCGGGUGCGAGCUGCAGCGGUUCGGCACGGCGCGCGCUCCGCCGCCCGCGCAAGAGAUGGCAAAUCCUGUGGUUGUUAUAAGUAGCUGCAGCUCUCAGGAAGAGGAAAAUCGCUGCGCUUUUAACCAGCAUACCUCGCCCUCUGAGGAGCUUCUGUUAGAAGACCAGAUGAGGCGAAAACUCAAAUUUUUUUUCAUGAAUCCCUGUGAGAAGUUCUGGGCUCGAGGCAGAAAACCAUGGAAGCUUGCCAUACAAAUUCUAAAAAUUGUGAUGGUGACGAUACAGCUGGUCUUUUUUGGGCUAAGUAACCAGAUGGUUGUAGCUUUCAAGGAAGAGAACACUAUAGCAUUCAAACACCUCUUCUUAAAAGGAUAUAUGGACCGAAUGGAUGACACAUACGCAGUGUACACACAAAGUGAUGUAUACGAUCAGAUCACCUUUGCAGUGAACCAGUACUUGCAGCUCCGCAACACGUCGGUUGGGAAUCAUGCUUACGAGAACAAGGGCAUGGAGCAGUCUGCUCUGGCCAUCUGUCAGCACUUCUAUAGGCAAGGAAACAUCUGUCCUGGAAAUGCUACCUUUGACAUUGAUCCAGAAAUCGAAACUGAAUGUUUCUUUGUAGAGCCAGACGAACCUUUUCACAUCGGAACAGUGGAAGGAAAUAAACUCAACUUAACGCUGGACUUUCAUAGACUCCUAACUGUGGAGCUGCAGUUUAAACUGAAGGCCAUUAAUCUGCAGACCAUUCGUCAUCACGAGCUCCCUGACUGUUACGACUUUACUCUGACUAUAACACUUGACAAUAAGGCCCAUAGUGGAAGAAUUAAGAUAAGUUUAGAUAAUGACAUUUCCAUCAGAGAAUGUAAAGACUGGCAUGUAUCCGGAUCAAUUCAGAAGAACACUCACUACAUGAUGAUCUUUGAUGCCUUUGUUAUUCUGACAAGCUUGGCCUCACUAAUCCUGUGCCUUCGAUCUGUGAUUAGAGGACUUCAGCUUCAGCAGGAAUUUGUUGGUUUUUUCCUCCUCCAUUAUAAGAAGGAAGUUUCUGUUUCUGAUCGAAUGGAAUUCGUCAACGGAUGGUACAUUAUGAUUAUUAUUAGUGACGUAUUGACAGUUAUUGGAUCAAUUCUGAAAAUGGAAAUUCAAGCGAAGAGUCUAACAAGUUAUGAUGUCUGUAGCAUACUUCUUGGGACUUCCACCAUGCUUGUGUGGCUUGGAGUCAUUCGGUACCUCGGCUUCUUUCAGAAGUACAAUCUCCUUAUUCUGACCCUGCAGGCAGCGCUGCCCAAUGUCAUCAGGUUCUGUUGCUGUGCUGCUAUGAUUUACUUAGGCUAUUGCUUCUGUGGAUGGAUCGUGCUGGGCCCGUACCAUGAUAAGUUCCGUUCUCUGAACGUGGUCUCUGAGUGCCUUUUCUCUCUGAUAAAUGGAGAUGAUAUGUUUGCCACGUUUGCAAAAAUGCAACGAAAAAGUUACUUGGUCUGGCUAUUUAGCAGAAUUUACCUCUACUCAUUCAUCAGCCUCUUUAUAUAUAUGAUUUUAAGUCUUUUCAUUGCACUGAUCACUGAUACAUAUGAAACAAUUAAGCAUUACCAACAAGAUGGCUUUCCAGAGACUGAACUUCGUACAUUUAUAUCAGAAUGCAAAGAUUUACCCAGUUCUGGAAAAUACAGAUUAAAAGACGACUCGCCAGUAUCGAUAUUCUGCUGUUGUAAAAAGUAGCUAUCAGGCUAAUCUGUGCCCUGGAGGGAAAUAUAAUGUGUAGCUAAGUUGGGAAACUAUAUGGAUAUUUUAAGAUCAGGUGUCGUAUGUUUAAAGACUAUUACUUUGAGCAAACUGAUAGCUAUAAUUCAUCAAGAACUAUUUAUAUUUUUAAAAGCAGUAUUUAAUGUCUUUUGCAGCUUUAUGUUGGGUUUAUUUAUUUUAAACUAACUGAUGAGAGAAGCUAUUGAAUUCUUGUUAUUUCUUGUUUAUUUUGCCAUAGCUUUAGAAUGUGUUCUCCAUCCCCCUCUUUAGCUCUUAGCUUCCAGCUCUUCUGACUGGGCUGAUUGUAUCAUCAGUGGAGAAUAACGCCUGGUCUGACUUAACACAACUCACUAACCCUGGUCUUAACCACUCUCUGGGGUACAUCCCUGAGAGAGAGGGUUUGUGGUUGCUGUAUAUCAAUUAUCAUUGCAUUUUAAAAUCUUCUCUUAAAGGGCAGAAUAAGAAAGAGACAACUGUCACCAGCUAACAGUCUAAAUUUUGGUUCUGAAGGACAACUGUUAUAUGAUGCUGCUUUUAGUUCUGGAAAGAAUCAGGUUCUUUUAUUAUUCAUGUAUAAGUUUUCUCUCCUUCAGUGUUAAAGUAUGUAGUUGAAAGAGUAUCCUAUACAUAUAUAGAAAUUAAAGUGCAGGGUGCCUG